GUUUUCCCGACGUUCGCAAUAAAAAGAGUGCGACAAACGAGAGGAAAACUCAGACGCAUCUCAAAAGCACUUGCUGUGGGAGCUGGGCGACAAGCAGACUACUCCUCAGGAUCAUCAAGAUUUAGGUUGCUAUUAUAUGGUGAUGAGAAUGUCCCGACUCCAACAUUUGACCCUUUUCUCUUUUGCUGCCGUUCACCUUCUCCUGUUCUCCAUCUGCCCAGUCAGCGGCCGCAUUUAUCGAACGAAGGAUGCCAUCGUCAUUGAUGUUACUAACACGGUGGCCAUCAACUUGGCAGAACAACCGUCGAUUCGUUUUGCAAGUAGCAAUUUCGGAUAUUCUGGACCGAUUCCGGUCAAUCCGUACACCGGUCUCCAUUACCUGUCAUACCCAAACUUUCCGUUCUGGCCGUAUCCACUCCUCAAUAAGCCGACCAUCAGCAGUGUCUCUGCUGAUGUCAAAGAUUUUGCAGCAACUUCCCCUGAAUCCAGGCAGCAGACUAUUGCCUGUGGUGUCGGUCCUGCUUCACUGCCUCGACAAACUGCCCCAACAGUCGGCAUUGUCGGUGGAUCCGAAGCCGAAAAGAAUUCCUGGCCUUUUAUCGUGGGUCUGAGGAUAGCCGGAAUGAGUACUGUGUUUUGCGGAGGAUCAAUCAUUUCCACGACGAAAAUCCUGACAGCGGCCCAUUGCGUGGAAAAAUUAUCGGUGUCCGAUAUUUCGACAAUGACUGUGAGCCUUGGCAUGCACACCCAGGGAAACGGCAAUACUUUGAGAAAUGAUGCCAAGCAAACCAGAAGGGUCACUCGAGCUGUAUACCACAUUGAUUUUAAUAUAGAAACAAUGGUAAACGACGUUGCCAUCUUGACGAUAGACCCACCCAUCAAUUACUCAAAGGCCAUUUCACCCGUUUGCUUGCCGCCAGUCAAUACCACCACCAAUCAAUAUUUCAAUCGGAAUGCAGCCAUUAUUGGGUGGGGAUUAUUGAAUGCUGAUGGAUCUCAACCCAAUGCCCUUCAGCAAGCUACCGUCAAGACUACUAAUAAAGCAAGGUGUAAAAGAGUAUGGGAUUCAGUCGUGCCAAUCUUAAACCAACACAUCUGCGCAGGAGCUGAUGAUAAGGACGUGUGCCAAGGUGACAGCGGUGGCCCAUUGCUCGUCCAAGGUGAAGGUGGUUCUACUACUGCAUGGACCCAAGUCGGCAUCACCAGCUUUGGAAACAACUGUCCAGCGUUGGCGAAUCAACCCAGCGUCUUCGCUAGUGUGGCAUUUUUCAGAGAUUGGAUUGACACCUACAUAAAUAGCUAGACAACGCGUGCAGUAUGAACCACUCCAAUUUUUUGAGUCCAAUAUGACGACGACACUCACUUAUUCCGUGCUGACACCAUUUAUACGAUAUCCUGGUUUUGUGUUUUUGUUUUAGAUUCCAUUAUGCUAGUUAUCAGAUGUAUUUCUAAUCCAAUCUUCUUUCAAAUUAGAUAUUUAAAAAUAGAUACUUCUCGAUCAGUUGCAGCAUGUUUCUUAUAUGGUGUGUUGAAUGGUACAAUUACCGCAAAAUAAUUAAACAGAAAUGAUUGCGGGUUUUGAUUAAAUAUAUACAUCAUGGGCAAAGAGA